AUGUCCCACAACAGCAAGGCCAAGGCAAAAGGGAUCAGUGCGACUUCGUUCUUCGACCUCAAGGCGGAACUUGCAAAACAAGAAGCUGAAUUCGCGGAAAAUAAGGCUGCUGGACAGACCUCUACGAUUGUUGGUGGUAUCAAACGGCCGGACAAGAAACCGACAGUAUGGGCACGACAGAAUAAGGGCGUGGCAGCACGGGCAAGCCGGGAUAUUGAGCAAGAGGCCAUAGACCGCCCGACACUCGAAUCCGCCCGGACCAUCUUGGAGAGGAAAUCAAAGAUAUACGAGAAGCUAAGAAAGGGGAAAUCUGGAGGCUUGAAUGAAGCUCAAUACAACGCGCUUCUGGUGGACUUCGACUUGCAGGGACCUUCUCAUCACUAUGAAUCGGACAGCGACGAUAUAGAUGAAUCAUUGACGGUUCCAACAGCCCCCACCGAUGACGACCCGAUAGUUGAGUAUGAAGACGAAUUUGGUCGAGUGAGGACCGCCCGACGCUCAGAAGUUCCUCGCCACCUUCUGAAAGACGAUGAAGAUGACCCUAUCAUCGAGUACGAAGAUGAAUUUGGUCGUCAGAGGACUGCACGACGAUCAGAGGUUCCUCGACAUCUGUGGCCCAAGGAGGCGGAUCCAGACGCGGACAUUAUUAUCCACAAUCCUGUCAAUCACUUCCCCGUCUACGAGCCAACAUCUGAAAGGCUAGCCGAACUUGAAAAAGCCGAAGCCGAAGCCAACAAGCCUCUUGCAGCUCACUACGAUGCCUCCAAAGAGGUCCGCGCCAAGGGUGCUGGCUUCUAUCAAUUCUCAGCAGAUGAAGAAACGAGGAAAGCGCAAAUGGCUGAACUCCAAAGGGCUCGAAUGGAAACGGAGAAAGCGCGGCAAGAGGCUGGAGCUGUGGAUAUUCGGCCUGGAGAAAUAGAAGGGAUGCGGGAUGGAGAAUCUUCCAAAUCGACAACGAGUCGGGCGAUGGAGAAGAGGAAGCGGGAGUUGGAAGAAAGGAGGAAGUUGAUCGAAGCGAAGAGGAGGAAGGUGGCUAAGCCUCCGACCGAAGGAAGUGAAGGUACUACGGUGUCCAAACGGACGCCAGAACCUGUGUCAAUUCCGAAACCAUCUGUGUCCAUGGACCCUUUCGCUGUCCUGGAAGCUCAAACAACUCAACGCAAAUCAGAAAAGGCCCGCGAAAAGGCACGAGCCGACCCUAUUAAUGAAGCCGACGCAUUCCUUUCGAAUUUGGAACAGGAAUUCCUCAAGUCCAAGAAGAAGCAAACAUGA